GCCGCGUGGGAGUGGCCAACAGCGCUGUUAGGUUUUAAACCCACACGUGGUCCUGGUCUUGGGCUUGUUUAGCAGCACACACACCGACUGGAAACUUCUGGGGACAAACACACACACACACACAGAGACAGAGAGAGAGAGAGAGAGAGACGGGAUCACACCAUUACCCCUGCCGAAAAAUGCCAUCUUACCCCCUCAACCAGUUUGCUGACCUGGAAGAGAUGAUGUGCAAGCAAUUAUUUAAUCUGGACCUGAGGGACCAGAGCAGGCAGCUAGCAUCCCUCAGUCUAGCGAUGAGAACACCAGGAUGCAUCGGUCAGCCGCGCAGCAACAACACAUCUUUUUCCCUCUCAUCCCUCUCCUGCCUACCCACGGAUUCUCCAGACAGUGUGUUUCAGUCCUCCAACCAGUGGGGGCAGCAGCAGUCAGAAAGCCCUCUGCCUUCCCAGCUUCCCAAUUCCACCCAGUGGGGAAAGCAAGGCUUCCUGUCCCAGCGGUCGGUCAGCAUGGUAGAAACCAGUAGCACCACAGCAGCAAGCCUAGGCUGGCCCGGCUCUGACACCAAGCUUUCCCAAAGUGACUCCUGCUCGUCCACCUCGUCCACAUCCUCGUCACGCUAUAAGACUGAACUGUGCCGCUCCUUCACGGAGAACGGCUUAUGCAAGUAUGGUGGGAAGUGCCAGUUUGCCCACGGGCACGAUGAGCUGCGGGAUCUAAGCAGACACCCCAAGUACAAAACUGAGCCAUGUCGUACGUUUCAUACCAUCGGCUUCUGCCCCUACGGGAUCCGCUGCCACUUCGUCCACAACAACGAGGAAGAAAUGAAACACUCCCUCUCCCGUUCAUCCUCAUCUUCUUCCUCCUCUUCGAGUGUUCUCCCCCAGCCCAUGCCCCCCUCUCGCACGCACAGACCCCCUCUCGUCAGACAGAGCUUCAGCUUUGCUGGGUUUCCGUCUGCUCCCCAGCCGGCCCUUCAGCCUGCCCUCCCUGCUCAUCCUCCUCCCGCAACCAACGCUUUCACACGCGCUCCCUCAGCCUCUCCUCCUUCCUGCGCUGACAUUACCGACCUCCUCUCUCACGCCUUCCUGGAGAUGGACUCAGCCUUCGAGGCCUCCCCUGUCCACCAGUACCCACCCGGCAUGGGCCAGGUCACUCCAGCAGAUCCACGCUCUCCGUUUCUGCCUUCCCCAGAUUCUGGUUGUUCUCCAUGUGGCCUGUCUCCGACCGCCUCCCCCUCCCUGAGGCAGAGUCCCAGCGCCACCGGGGUCUUCUCAGGGCCGCUCGGUACCAGAUCCCUGUCAUACACAUCCCUGUCGGACCAGGACCAGGAUGGAGGAAGCAGCUCAGCCAGCUCGCUCAGCGGCUCCGAUUCCUGCAAUAAUGACGGCAACGGCAAACGUCUGGCCGUAUUCAGUCAGCUCUCUGUUCCCGAGGAUGCUACCGGGUUCUGCCUUUAGGCUGUAGUGUGCUGGGACACACACACACACACACACACGCAUAUGCACACAUACACACCCAUACGUAGAGGCACAGACAUGCAGACACCAUAACACAUGUAUAUGCAGUACACACAUGUCCAGAUCCAAGCGCAGCCACCCCUAUAAAAUGCACACUUUUCCUCGCACACACACAGCCACUGGAGUGACGUUUAGAAACGUUGUUUGUGGUGUCAAAGGAAACAAAGACUGACUCAGAACGCUCAGAGAGAUUUGCCUGUUAGAUUUAUGUGGUUAAAAUUUCACUGUCGUGUGCGUAAGGGAAGCCGAGAAUAAUGGUGAAACGAAAACGUGUGUCGCCAACCACCAAAACAGAGUAAACAUAUCAAGAUAGAAGUUGAUGCUUUAUCAAAAAUAGUGAGCUGAAAUGGCAAAUCGCGACAAAAAAAUAUUGUAAUCACAGUGUGAUUUGGCCUCUCGGGGGGGGGCCAACUGUUGUUUAGUUCAACCACACAAUCCAUUUUUACUUCUGUCAACAUCUUGUGAACGAUCUAAAGAAUGUGAUAAAGCCAAAGACAUCUGUUUGUAGCUUUUGAUUAUGGUGGGACAAACACACAAUGUGACCUAUGUUUAGGAAGUGUUGUUUGUUAUAUUUUUCCAUUAACUGUACGCAGUAGUAUUGUUUAUAAGCUAGUGAAAGUGUUUUCCUCAUAACUGUGCAGUCUGAGGUUAUGUUUGGAUAACUGGCCUCGUACUAGAAGGCCUUAAACCUGAAUGUUAAGUUUUUUUAAAACAGCUGAAGUGCCUGUAGUGUUUUUUAACAGGUCAUGUUACAGUGUUGAUCCAUGAUUUGCUGGUUUGUUAGGAAAGAUGUGAAGUGGGGUGUGAAGUUUUUUUUGUUGUUGUUGUUGUUGUUAUCGUUUCUUUUCUUUUUUUUGUCAAGUUGUGAAGAGAGUUGCUCUUCUGUCUCAAGUGCAUUAUUGACAAACUACCACCAAGUGACCAAAUUCACGCUGCUUUUGCAGUCAUGGAGGAAAGGGGGCUCAGCUUGACGUUACAAAAUAAGCCAAGUUCAUUGUUCAUGUCAUAUCGUUAACUGUAUGAUUUACUGACUAGAAAAACAGGACAUGGGAGGGUUAAUUUUUUUUUUUUUUUUAAGGCUCUGAUCUGUUAAGUGUCACUGAAGUAACAGCUGGACAAAAAAAACCUACAAAUGAGACCAUCACAUGAUUUCUUACAUCUUGUGUUGCAUUUUGCAUUUUUAGAUAUGCAAGACACUUGGCUUAGAUUUGAAGUCAAUCAAGAGAACGUUUCCUCUAAGUCCUUUUUUUUUUUUUAGUCUUGAGCAUGUUUCCUAAAAUGUUGUGGUGCUAAUCUGUAUUUUCGAUGAUUUUUAACAUUCCCAGGAUUGGGAUUUUUCUUUCCUUCUCCUCAGUCAGGUAUUAGGCACAGCACUGGUGUCAUGUUUUCAUGACUCUCACCCCCCACUAUUUCCCAUCUCUCUCUCUUCUUCCAUUCAGUAUUAAUUCUUCCUGUUACGGCUUCCUACUGUUAUGAAUGUGUAGCGUCCUGGUUCACAAUUCACCUGAUCGUUGUGCCAUGGCCUGUUGCCUUACCGAGCUAGAUCCAGCAUACUGUAGGGUUAGUGUUUUAGAAAUGUUACUCGGCUGUUUUUUGUGUGUUUAUUAUGUAGUUGGUUUAGAAGAACAGACUCUGUCCUGUUACUGCUCUAUUUAAAAUUGCCUUUUCAUCAACAUGUUUGAGGCCUGUUUAGUGUCAAAGGUGAUAAUCUUUAGUAAAUUAAUUUCUUUAAUUUAUUUUAACGUAUUUAUAGAGGACUGAGUUGUUAAUGCUUGUAUCAAGUUUAAUAUAUUUAGGUUUCUUUUGCUUUUUUUGUACUGGAAAUAAAGUUUUUUUUUGUUUUUUUUAAACUGACAGUUUGUUUUGGCUUUUUCACCUUUUUAUCCUCUUACACAGGUACAGUUAACAGACAUGUUUGACUCAUCUUC